AUUCCGGUGCAAGAAUGGUGGCGGCGAAUCUGAAGGCGGAGACGAUCUCGCUGAUGGACAUGCGGGCGGCCAUGCAGGCGAGAUGAACGCUAUCAUCGAGUCCCUCUGCGGCCCUGGUGGCCCCGGGCUCUCCGGCAACCUUGUCGACUCCGAGGGGUUUCCUAGGGCAGAUAUCGAGUUCCGGCUGUUCGAUCGCAACGUCAUCGGCUCUCUGUGCUGCGAAAGGAUCACAAAGGGAAUCACAGAAGUUGCUCGUUGGCGCCAAAGAGUUCAGAUGUCAGUUUCUCUGUCUGAAAAUACAUCUCAAGAUUCUUCGACAAUAGAGGAAGCGGUAUUGAGCAUACCUUUUGCUAUUAUUGAUGAAAUUGCUGAUGACUCACCUGCUGCAGAAGAUGGUCUGCUGCUCAUCGAUGAAUUUGUGAAGUUUGGGAAUGUUGAGAAUGGUGAUAACUUGCAAUCAAGGCUUGUGGCCGAAGCGCAGUCCAAUCAGGGCAAUCCAAUACCUUUAGUAAUAGUCAGGCAGGGUGCAUUGAUGAAUAUAACCGUGGCACCUCGACCAUGGCAUGGUCCUGGAAGUUUGGGAUGCCAUUUUCGGAUCCUGUGGUUGUCCUCUUGUGAUGAUGAGCUAGUUAUAUUCAUCUGAUACCAAUGGCGCGCCUAACACUCGGGCCAGAUGUUUGUUGGAACAAAUGGAGCUGUGAAAGGGAUGCACGACAGAACAAAUCAACCUCCGGAGGAGCCUCACCGGAUCAAGUAUCUUUCGCUUGCAUCCAAAGCAUGAGAUGGAAUCCAGCGCACGCAUCAAUCAAGGCGACGGAGGAGGCACACGAGAUCCGCAGCUGCUGUCGGUGCGUAGUUGCCAUCGUCCCCUUGCGAAGUGAUUUGUGGAAGCCAUUCAUCGAAGUACUUACGCCAUAUGGUGUCGCUGACAUUGACAGAUGCAGCAGCAGCAUGCAAUUCCUGCGAUGGGUGCGCGCACAAUUAAGAGUCACGGAUGAGAACUGUUUGGGCCGACACUUGCAGAGAGACGAGGAAGAUUACUUACGUUUGGGAAGUUGUAAGGAGGCACUGAUGGCAACGUCAUAUCCUUUGGGAAAAAGGGGAUCUCCACAGGGUUUUGAUAUCUUCCAGCCUAUAGAACAUUGAUUUGCAAGUCAUUCACGUUGUAAUGUAGCAAAUAUUUGGAAUUAGAAACGAACAAAAGUUAAGAUCAGUAAAUAUCGUGCUUUAAAUGCACACAUUAACUUCGA